GAUCUGUGCUGCAGCAGGCGCGGGGGAUCCAGUUUAUCGUCGAAAUGGCGGAGACCGGAGACAGAAUGGAGGUUUCACAGGGCGAGAGCUCCGUUAAGCCUGCAGCAGAAGACAUGACCUCCAAGGAUUACUACUUUGAUUCCUAUGCCCAUUUUGGUAUCCAUGAGGAGAUGCUAAAGGAUGAGGUUCGCACUCUGACAUACAGGAACUCCAUGUUCCAUAACAAGCAUCUGUUCAAGGAUAAGGUGGUGCUGGAUGUGGGAAGUGGAACUGGCAUCCUUUGUAUGUUUGCAGCCAAAGCUGGGGCAAAGAAAGUUAUUGGGAUUGAGUGCAGCAGCAUAUCAGACUAUGCUGUGAAAAUUGUGAAGGCCAACAAGUUGGAUCAUGUUGUUACCAUCAUUAAGGGCAAGGUGGAGGAGGUGGAGCUUCCUGUGGAGAAAGUAGACAUUAUCAUCUCUGAGUGGAUGGGCUACUGUCUCUUCUAUGAGUCCAUGCUUAACACUGUCAUUUAUGCAAGGGACAAAUGGCUGAAACCUGAUGGCCUGAUCUUCCCUGAUAGAGCUACACUCUACGUCACUGCUAUUGAGGACAGACAGUACAAGGACUACAAAAUUCACUGGUGGGAGAAUGUUUAUGGCUUUGAUAUGGCCUGUAUCAAGGAAGUGGCUAUUAAGGAACCACUAGUGGAUGUUGUUGACCCUAAACAGCUUGUUAGUACUGCCUGCCUCAUCAAGGAGGUGGACAUCUACACAGUGAAGAUUGAGGACUUGUCCUUUACGUCACCAUUCUGCCUGCAGGUGAAAAGGAAUGACUACAUCCAUGCACUGGUCACGUACUUCAACAUAGAGUUCACUCGCUGCCACAAGAGGACUGGCUUCUCUACCAGCCCAGAGUCUCCUUACACUCACUGGAAGCAGACAGUGUUUUAUCUUGAUGACUAUCUGACGGUAAAGACUGGAGAAGAGAUAUUUGGGACCAUCAGCAUGAAACCUAAUGUCAAGAAUAAUAGAGAUCUCGACUUUAAUGUUGACAUCGACUUCAAGGGUCAGUUAUGUGAGGUGUCCAAGACCUCAGAAUACAGAAUGCGCUAGAUUCCUCUAGUGUGUGUUUGUGUGUGACCAAUGUUCUCUCUAUUCCAUGACUACGUAUGACAGACAUUUAAAAAAAAAAAAACAAAAACAAACAACUGUCUUGUGAAAUGUUGUCUGUGGAGGAUUUGAGGUUUUUGAACAUUUUUAAAUGAAUGACUUGGUUUCGCAUAUACGCCAAGGGGGACUCAAACUUUUGGUGCAAUUUUUUUUUUUUUUUUUUUUUUUUUAUGUACAAUUCGUUUUUGGCCCAGAUUUUCAAAAUUUUAGGUGUACCAUCAAGCUUCGAUGCUCCCUUUGGUACAUUCUUGCGCGUUACAUUCUCACACACACGUGCGCGACUGCUUUCUUUUGCAUGCAAGUCUGUUGGAGGGCAGUCUCUUUGGCUGAAUUGUUAGUGUAUAUGGCUUUGUGCCAUCCUUUUUUUUUUUUUUUUUUUUUUGCCUCUUGUCAGUUUCUGCCCUACUAUGUCAACUUGCCGGUUGGUUACUGUAAGAACUGUAAAUCAGCAAAGUAUCUGGUCAAGUCAGCAUCCUCCUUGUAGGUAAAACUUUUUGUCACGUUUCACUAUGGGCUGAAGGUCUGCCCUGUGACUAGUCGUCUGAGUCCAUAACGUUUUGUAUUCUCUGCACUUUGUCCAUUUAUAAAGAGCUGUGUUGAAGGUGUUGAGGCAUUUAUUUUAGACCAUCAGUAGAGCUCUCCAUUUUGUCUUCUGUGGAGGAAAGUUUUUAUUAAUCUAGUGCUCCUUUUUCCUCAUCAGUUACCAUUAAGUUAAACAUACUUUGUGGCACCAUUGGAGGAUAAUAUUAAAUUAUGGAUGAGGAAACCUAGUAAUCGCUUUUGUAACUCAUAGGUGGUGUUAAUGAGCACUAUUUUAUAUCGGUUGACCCUUUUUUUUUAAUGUCACAUUGAGGAGAGAAAAAAAAUCAUUCAAUGAAUGACUUUUUAGUUAAGCUUAUCGGCUGCUUUUUUGCACUGUAAGCACUUAAAACAAUUUUCUCAGACUCGGACCUAUGGUUUUAUUCUGAUAAGGAAACCUUCAGACUAAAUUUAGUUUAGUGGAGGGUGACGCUUUCCUGUGUUUUGAGUAACUUUACAUUUGGCCCAUAUUGUGACUUAAAUUUCUCAUUGUUGCGGGGGACUUUUUUUUUUUUUUUUUGUCCAGGAGUGAGUUCACGUUUUGUGUUUAGCACUGGUGGGGGUUAUUACCAGACAGGCAUUUGUCCAUUUAGGAAGUGUUUAUUUUUUUUUUCUUUUUGAAAAUAAAAACGAUUCAUUUCUAACUUUUUGGUUGUUUUUUUUUUUUCAAUGACCAAAAAUGCAAAUGUGAAAAUGAAGCCCUUUCCAAAAUGUUGCGGAUGAUCAGAUUUUUUUUUUGUGUGUGUGUGUCCAGUUGUAGCGUCUUUAACUAUUUAGUUUACACCGAUUCUGACUAGUAAUUAAGUCUGACUCCAAUUUGGAAAAACCUAAUUUGAGAUUUUAAAGAUUAUUGAUAAGUAAUUGAGAUUGAUACUUUAUUAAUCUAGUUAAUUCAAUACUUUAAAUUCUGCUCACUCAUUCAGAAUCCUGUUGCUUAGGGUGUUGUGCCAAUAUUGACUCCUUGGUAUGCUUAUGCUUUGGGGUUUGUGUAGGGCUGAGCUUUAGGGUGGGAGACCAAUAACUCCCUACUAGGGUUAGGAGUGGAUGUAGUGAUAAGGACCAAUCAGCUGGCAAGGAGUCAAAUUUUGGCACAACACUGGCCGAGUACACUGAUCCCACGUCACAAUCUCGUCAGUUUUGGGUGUAUAGCCAUAGGUAAAGGAUUAAUACUAUUUAGAUGGAUCACUCUGCAUUUCUAAAUAGUUCUAUAGAGCUGUAUAAACAAAGUAAACAAUCAGAGGUAAAUAAUAUUAUUUGCUGACUAAAUACCUUUUAACCAAAUAGCAGUGUUUAGUACUAUAGUUUCCUAUUAAACAUAGAAAAACACUUAGGGCUAGAAUAAUAUUAUCAUUAAUCAGAGGUCAUGACUAGUGAUGGGCUGAUAUAUCUGCCAGGCCAAUAUUGAGUCAGUCUGUGAUUAUCAGCAUAUAAUGGUGAUUGCUUGGCUGAUUAACAGGUGUUUUUUCUUUUCAAGUUAUGCAAAUGUAGUACAUAUUGCAUUAAGUGUUUGUUUGAUUUGCUGUUGAUAAUUGGUAUUAUGGUUAUCGGAAUUUCGAUCAUCAACCAUCUUGCUCUCAAGACCAAUAGUCAUGACUACUAAUAUUUAGAUGUGGUGAUCAAGAUUACGCUGUCCCAAAUAGUACUUUCUUUUAUCCUUUUCAGUCUAUUAUAAAUGGUUAUUCAGAAUGCUAAGAUCACAAAUUUGGGGUAACAUGGCCUUAAUCUGCUAAAGACAAUCAUUUCUGAAUAAAUCUGUAUAUAUUCAAGUUUAACUAUUUUUUUUGUCUGGUAAACAUGUUAUUAUCCCAAUUACAUAAUUCAGAAAUAAUCAAUAUACAACAUCUGAUGCUCAAAAAUGAAUCUUAAGAGUAAGAUGCAUACAUGAUAUUAAAGAAUAAGACAGUGUUGUGUCAUGGGGUUCAUCUUGCUACAGAAUACCUUAAUGUCCAGACAGAAUAAGAAUAGCAUUCUGAGAUGGUUUUUCUUCUCACCACAAUUGUACCGAGCAGUUAUCUGAGUUACUAUAGACUUGUCUGGCCAUUCUCUAUUGACCUCUCUCAUCAACAAGGCACUUCCAACUGUAUACUGCCGCUCACUUGAUGUUUUUUUUGUUUAUUUUUGGCAUCGUUGAGUAAAUUCUAGAGACUUGUGUAUGAAAAUCCCAGGAGAUCAGCAGUGACAGAAACACACAAACCAGCCUGUCUGGCACCAACAAUCAUGCCACUGCCCAAAUCAUUGAGAUAAAAUUUUUUUCCCAUUCUGAUGGUUGAUGUCAACAUUAACUGAAGCUCCUGACCCGUAUCUGCAUGAUGGUAUACACUGCGCUGCUGCCACACAAUUGCUGAUUACAUCAUUGCAUGAAUUAUUGUUAAUGCCAGAUGGGCUGGUUUGAGUAUUUCUGUAACUGCUGAUCUCCUGGGAUUUUCAUACACAAGUCUCUAGAAUUUACUCAACGAUGCCAAAAACAAAAAAGUUUUUAACACAGAAGAAGGAGAGUCAAAAUACAUUUUUGUGGUAAUCAACAUUAUGCCACAAAUACUGCUGAUUGAGCUUAACUUGUAUUGAACCUGAAAUUUUCCUUUAAGUUUCUUGCUUCUCAUUAAGAAAUAUUAUUUUCUGUUUGUGUCUGUGUGACUGGUCCAAUAAAUGUGACAGGGGCUCUUUAUUUAUGAACCUUUUCCACAUGUAUGUAAAAUUGAGUAUUCACCAGUCACUAUAUCUCUGCAUGAUAGAAAUUUAUUGACAUUGGCACAAAAAAUCAUUAAACAUUACAUCAUAGA